CCGCCUCUGGAAUAUUUUAUUUCUGACCUAAAAAAUUAUAUCAAAAAUUAUAAGGACCGAUAACUUUUUUCAUGAACAGCUCACAAUCUCACAUAUAUGCAAUUAACAAUUAACCUUAAAAUUCGAGUAUACACCAUGAAUAGCAGUGAUAAGAGCUUUAUUUUCGACUGAAGCCGACUGAAGCAUGAAAUCUUAAUUAAAAACAUGUCGAUUUAAAAUUGAAAUCAAUAACAAUCAGUUAUUUUCUUUCUUGCCUUUCAGUCUCAUCAAAAUCUUCAAAAUAACAAAUCUUUAGGAAGACUGCAAUUGAUUCAAAUAAUCGGAAGCAUUACGAAUAUUAAAAUUAGCCCAAUAAAAGUCCUUUUCCAUGGAUUUCGUGCGCAUUCUGAAACACAAAUUUUGCGUUACGGGAGUAAUUUUCACGUCAAUUCAUUUACGCAUUUUCUGCUGCACUAUCCUUAAUUCAAACUUAUUUCAGUUUUGUGUUAUAGAACUUUUAAACAGGCCGGUUUCUAUUUAACAAAAAAAAAAAAAGAGAGAGAGAAAAAGUCGAAACCGGCUUAUAUUACUGUAUAAAACCUAAUACGGUAAUAGCUUGGUCUGGAAACCGGAAUGAGCUGACGUAUCAGUUGUAUUCCGGGUAUAUGGAUAGGGUACGAUUUCCACGCUCUGAAUCUUUUAAAGAGUAAUGUAACCCGUUGAAAUCACACUUUUUGCUGCCACUUUUAACUGGAAAACGAAAUGUGAGUAUAGAAGGUAGAAUUGUCAACAAUAUGGUGGAUAUCAGACGGAGAGAGAAAUAUGAUAUAAAAACAGACGGUAGCAUGUAUAUUGUAUACCAUAGUCACGUUAAUACCGUAUCAUACAUAGUCUGACAAAUGUUAUUUAUUUGAAAUAAAUAUCUAAGCCGGGUUUUUUUUGCAAAAAUGUUCACGGCCACUAUUAGGGCGUUUCAAUGAUUAGGAAACAAAGCACACAAAAAAAAAAAUUAACAAAAAGUAAAAGGAAAGGAAGAUGACCACAGAAAAGUAGUAUUUUUUUAAAUUAAAAACGCCCCAUGGUAAGGAGGGACUGUACAACUCGGCUUGCUUUUACGAAAUCUUGCCAAGGUUGAAGGGAAAACCAAAGUAUUUUUCCAAUUAUUUGUAGGUCAUGCUGAAUCGUUGUCUGAGGUCACUUUACGGAUGACGGGUCUAAUAAAGAAGAGAAAACGUUAAAAGAAUAGUAGACCUUUCCCCUUUAGGUUUUACUUUCUUCUGGAUCACAUCCAAGCGUCUGCUGGGCAAAACCAAUGAUCAAACCCGACUAGCGAAGUCUACACUACAACACUUUGGUAGAUUUGGCUUGACUAUUGGUAUACUUUCAUCAUCCAGCGGUGGUGAACGAAGUGUAUCACUGUACAGUACAGAAACCAGUUCUAUCCUGUCUAGUAAUUGGGGCAAGUUACAUUGUUGUGUCUGUGCCUCUCUGUGAGCUGAGCUCCGCUUGGACUACAAUUCCAGGAGAUCCCCAUGACCCUCCCUUUUCUUUAAGCACUGCCUACCAGCAAAAAAAAAACUCUCUAUAUCUUCUCAAAACCUUUCCGCGUACGUCAAUCCGUCAGUCAUCGCCGUACGAUGUGGAAGUUUUCGUAGCCUCGUCUUCAUUUCCCCCCCGUCUUCUUUUCCCAAGUUCAUUUGUGAUUGCCACGUUUUGUUUUCUCUUGCUGUUCGAAUCGUCCCUUCUCUCCUCACACCGUAGCUAGAAUACAAGAAAGAUAUUGAAAUGAAUCCCAACGAUUGCAGCAGCAACUUGUGGGUUUUUGGCUACGGUUCUCUCUGCUGGUUGCAAGGUUUCGAUUAUGGAAGUCACCAGUUAGGGUUUAUUCGCGGAUUUUCCCGAAAAUUUUGGCAAGGUAACAACUCUCAUCGCGGCACAGCUGACAAGCCCGGCCGCGUAGCAACUUUGGUCAAAGAAGAUGAGGCAAGCACUUGGGGAUUAGCUUUCGAACUCCUGGGCGAGACGGCACUCAAGUAUCUGAAUGACCGAGAAUGUACUAAAGGUGGUUAUGAAACUCUGAUCACCACGUUCUUUCCCCGAAACGGUGUUAUGACGCCAUUUCCGGUUUUGGUAUUUCGAGCCACGGAACACAAUCCGCAAUGGUUGGGUCCGGCCCCACUUCCUGAUGUGGCUGCUCAGGUCACGGAGUGCAAGGGAGAAGCUGGACAUAAUAGUGAAUAUGUACUACGACUAGCAGAAUUCUUUCGUGAUAAUCUUCCAGAAGUCAUUGACGACCACUUAUUUACACUUGAGCACCUAGUUCUUGAGCGAAUGAAGGAGAAGAAUAUCAGUUCUGUCGAAGAUGAGCCAGUCACUCAGGCUAAACCAGAAGUAUUAUCAUUAGCUGACGUCGCUCAGCCUGCAAACAACCCCAAUCAGGAAGUUCGCCGCGAUUCCUUCCAAUAUCUCUCUCGGGUUCCUCCUUCCAAGAAACUACUCUGUCUCAAAGUGUGACACUGAUCUCUCUUUAUUUUCCUCUGAAAUACGACCGUGAAAAGCAUUUUGUUAUUAGCGAAAAAUGUUUGGAAAGUUCGACUAUGUGCACAUGGAUCGCACUUAUACUCGCAAAAAUUUCUUCAUCAAAGUUAUCAUUUUGUGAUUAUCCAAUAAAAAAAAUUGCCAUUCAAAUUUCUCCAGACCCACACUAUAUCUAGAUUCGCCGCACCGAAAAGCCGUGCAUUUACUCCAUUUAGCAUCCGUCCAUUGCAUGCACUUUACUUUAUUUAUUUUGUUUUAUUUGAACAUUUAUUUCCAGGACUUGUAUGACGUAUUACGUGGAGUUGAAUUGAAUUGAAUUUCUCAUUGUUGCAUGGAUUGUGUAGUGAAACUGACUAAAGCCUUUGGUAUGCAAAAUUUUGGGGGGUUUUCAAAAUGAUUUAUUUGGUUUUGCUAUAAUAUAGUUUCAUUAAAAAUUA